UCGUGGCCAUUCUUUCGUACUACCAAAAGUAAAUAAUAUUGUCCGGAUUUCAACAGUUGUCUGUGGUUUUGACGUUGAGUGAACGUGUAAGUCAGGGUCAGGCACUCAAGUUGUAUUUUUAUAUGGUUACUAAGGUUAAGUGAAUUUAGUUCGACAGCCAUGGCAGAAAGUUCCACUGAAAAAAUUUCGAAAAACGAACUGAAACGAAGGUUGAAAGCUGAAGAAAAGUUAAGGGAGAAGGCCGAAAAAGCUUCACAACAGCCGGUCGUUGCCGCUGAAAAGAAACCAUCUAAACAAGAAGAAGAAAUUAGUCCUAAUGAAUAUUAUAAAUUACGAUCUGGAGCUGUAGCUGCCCUAAAAAAUGAACUCAAAGAAGAUCAUCCAUAUCCUCAUAAAUUCAAUGUUAGCAUUUCCUUGGAGGAAUUCAUAGAAAAGUAUCAGAACUUGAACAACGGAGAUGUUUUGGAAAACGUCACUUUGUCAGUGGCUGGUAGAGUUCACUCCAUUAGAGAAUCAGGAGCGAAACUAAUAUUCUAUGAUUUAAGAGCUGAAGGGGCUAAAAUCCAGGUAAUGGCUAAUGCAAAACUAUAUGAAGCAGAAGAUAAGUUUUUUAAAGAUACUGAUAAAUUACGCAGAGGUGAUAUCAUUGGUUGUGUGGGCCAUCCAGGUAAAACUAAGAAAGGAGAACUUUCUAUUAUCCCGAAAAAUAUAAAAUUGCUUGCACCAUGCCUUCAUAUGUUGCCGCAUUUACAUUUCGGUCUCAAAGACAAAGAAACCCGCUUUAGAAAAAGGUAUCUGGACCUUAUUUUGAAUGAUAAGGUUCGACAAAUCUUUUAUACAAGAGCUAAAAUCAUAGCUUAUGUUCGGCGAUUCUUGGACAAUAUGGGCUUCCUAGAAGUGGAAACCCCACUUAUGAAUAUGAUUCCCGGUGGCGCCACUGCCAAACCAUUCAUUACUCAUCAUAAUGAAUUAAACAUGGACUUGUACAUGCGAAUAGCUCCUGAGCUUUAUCACAAAAUGCUUGUUGUGGGUGGACUCGAUAGGGUAUAUGAAAUUGGAAGACAGUUCCGAAAUGAAGGUAUCGACUUAACACAUAACCCUGAGUUCACGACUUGUGAAUUUUACAUGGCAUAUGCGGAUUAUAAUGACCUGAUGACCAUUACUGAAUCAAUCUUGUCUGGUAUGGUACAGAGCAUUCAUGGAUCCUACAAGGUCAAAUAUCAUCCAGAAGGACCAGAGGGUAAGGAACUAGAAAUCGAUUUCACACCACCCUUUGCUAGAGUACCGAUGAUGGCAACAUUGGAACGUGUUCUUAACGUGAAACUCCCAGCACCCGAUAAACUUGAUACACCUGAAGCUAAUGAUUUCUUUAACAACCUAUGCAACACUCAUCAGAUUGAGUGCUCGCCACCGAGGACCACCGCGAGGCUCUUGGAUAAAUUGGUUUCUGUAUUUCUGGAGCAGGAGUGUAUAAAUCCGACAUUUAUAUUGGACCAUCCUCAGAUUAUGAGUCCCCUCUCUAAGUACCAUCGAGAUGUUCCAGGACUUACAGAGAGGUUUGAAGUUUAUGUUGCUAAGAAAGAAAUCUGUAAUGCCUACACCGAAUUAAAUGACCCGGCGACACAACGCGAAAGAUUCGAAGAGCAAGCCAAGAAUCGUGCUGCUGGUGACGAUGAAACUCCCCCAACCGAUGAAGCGUUUUGUACAGCUCUAGAAUAUGGCCUGCCGCCGACAGGCGGGUGGGGCCUCGGUGUAGACCGUUUGACUAUGUUCCUUACCGAUUCAAAUAAUAUCAAGGAGGUGUUGUUGUUCCCUGCAAUGAAGCCUGAUGACCCAAACAAAAACAAUACAGAAGAAGAGAAUGUGGGUGUACAAACAUCAGUUCCGAACGGAGCUAACUAAUUUACUAUUUUAAAAAAUGUUUUGUAAUAACUAACACCGUCAAUAAUAAACAUUACUAAACACACUUUCA